AUGGAAGCUCAUCAGCAACUGAACGAGGACAGUGGAGGGAACAAAACAGGAGGAGGCGGGAACUUUCUGUGCAGGCAGAGCAGUACGCGGUGGACACCCACGAGUGAUCAGAUUAGGAUCUUGAAGGACCUUUACUACAACAGCGGAGUCAGGUCGCCGACUGCAGACCAGAUUCAGAGGAUCUCUGCCAGGCUCAGACAGUAUGGGAAGAUCGAGGGCAAGAACGUCUUUUACUGGUUUCAGAACCACAAGGCUCGCGAGAGACAGAAGAAGAGGUUCACCAACUCCUCAAACACUACGAUGUCGUCUGAACAUGUACUGCUCCCCAUGCAAAGACCUUCUCUGCCGCACUCACAAGCUCACAACAAUGGCGUCCGGAAACCAAACAUCAACGAUCAGGACUCCCUUCACCACAAGUUCUCUAACACAAGUUAUUCUUCUGGAAUUCCCGCUUCGGCUGGUGUACUUACUGCUCCUGGUGCUCAAAUGGGAAACUAUGCAUAUGGAUCUGUUACCAUGGAGAACCGUUUUAGGGAUUGCUCAAUAUCACCAACAGGAAGCAGUGUAGCUUCUGGCAACGGCGGACCCCUAAACCACCAUUGGGUAAGCAUAGAUCACUACUCAACGUCUUACAACUUCUUCGAGAAGAGGAAAUCAGUCCUCACUGAAACUAUUGAAGAAGAAGAAGAGGAA